AUGAGGCUGAAUGACUUCCUUCGGAAUUAUUUUGACGGCAGGGGCGUUGAGGAAUUCAAUGAGAACGUCUACAUGAAGGACUUUUGGAGUAGCCCCAAUGAGUUCAUCCAAGACGAAGUGUUAUUGAGGACAAUAGAGGCAUCGCCGCCAUAUCAAGAGCUGAAAAAAGAGCGUGAGGAGUUUUACAUGCUAUUGGGGGCUUCAAAUAAGCUUAAAAAGGAAUAUAUUGUCACUCUCAGGCAAUGGAGGGACUUUAAAAGAAAGGACACGGUCACUCCUCUUGCAAGGGCACAAAUAAACACAGCCUACUCUUAUGUACUGAGAGAAGAGAGGCGGAAGGCGGAAGAAAGGGAAAGGCGAGAACGACAAGAACUGGGGAUUGACUUUUCCACCAGGAUUAAAGAUGCGGUGUUUAAAGGAAGGGUUCGCGUGGACAAAAUGAAGCUGAAUGAUUUUCUUGCGAUGGAAUUGGACGGCAGGGGCGCUGUGGACGCCAAUCGGGAUGUCUUGCUGGAGGAGUUUUUUAAGGACCCCAAGAAGUAUAUUUGCGAUGCGGGAGUAUUGGGCGAAAUGCAGGCAUCCGAUCGUUACAAGAGGAUGGAGGGGGCUGUACGGGAUGAAAUGGAUAUGGAAGAGGAUGUACACAAGCUUUACAAAAAUGGUGUGGACAAUCUACUGAAUUGGUUGGUGGCUACUGCGGAGGUAAAGGCAAAUGUUCAAGAAAUCACUAAAAGGUUUUUGGAUGCGGCCGCCGAGGAAGCGAGGAACCCAAAGAAGUCGAGCGCACCGAUAUACCUGGAGGGAUGCUACGAGUCUGUGUACAAUGCGGGGUGGCACCAUGUCGUGGAAGUUCCUGACGGCGAGGGGACGGGAAUGAAGGUGGAGGAGGGGGAACCACCGCAGUCAUGGACGUACAAGGCGGUUGGCGACACUCUCGAAAAGGAUGACGGUGUGCAGCAAUCCGGUGCACCGCGUCCCAGGCUGAUGGUGCUAACCUCGGACAAGGGAUGGCCGUACUCGUGGGAGGAGGAUGAAUCCACUUGUGACUGUCAUGUGAACCGUGAGGUGGAGCGAGUGUGGCAGACCGUCAGGAAUGAUCUAACCGAAUUGCUCGGCCCUGACCCUGGGGCCUACUUUGAGCCUAGGCGCCGUGUGUUGAUUGGGACGCCCGGGAUUGGGAAUUCGAUGGCUGCCGGCUCGUACCUCCUCUACCAGCUGCUGCACUGCGAUGCGGAGAAACUCCAUUUGGUUAUCUACAGUUUUGGUGGAAAUACGACGUACGUGUUUGACAAGACCAUCAAGGCGGUGAAAAGACACGUGGGUAGAGGAGCAUCCAAGGAAUGUUUGCGUGAUUUAUGGGAUUGUGGGUUGAAGGGGUAUGUUAUUUACGAUGUGACAAGGCAAGGGAAACCGCCAGCGAAAUAUUUUUUGCCUGGCCCCGGAUGGGGCAUGAUUGUGGUGUCAUCGCCAAGCGUUCGCAACUACGGUGAAUGGGAGAAACAAGAAGGAGCCGCGCGAAUCAUCAUGAAUUGCCCCGCCGAGAUGGAUGUGAAGGCGAUGUGUGCAUGGAUGAAGCGUGACGAGACUGCAGAGAAACAGGCGGAAUGCUGGAAGAUGGUCAAAGAACGCAUGGAUAACGUGGGGCCGAUUCCACGUUACAUCUUUGAUGCCAAUAAGUUCGUUGCACACUCUGCUGCCGUUGAGGAUGCCUUGGAUGGGAUCAAUUCCCGGGAUGGUGAAGAGCACUUUACACAUGGAGGAGUGAGACUGUGGGGCUCUGAGAAUCCGUCUCAAAAGCUCGUGAGGGUUGUCCGAGCAAGAGGAGAAGUCGGUCUUAAGAGGUUUCGUAACGCACCGAUAUGUUAUUUCCUUGGGUCUCGAUCAGCGAACCGUUUGGCAAAGGCAAUGAGUGAGAGAAAAUUUUUGUUGCUGGUAUUGGGGACGAGGGAAUUUCAUUUGUCCGAAUGUACGGAAAAGUUUUGUUUGUGCGCUCUCAUCUUUGAUGGGUUUGUCAGUGCAAUGGCAGUGGGACUCAAGGGGCUGAGGCCACCAGCACAUGGUAUUCAGGGCACUGUGCUGAAAGCAAAUCCUGGAGGGCACCCCACCGAAAUAUGUGAAAUACCUCGAGUUGAAGAAAUUGAUGCGAAACAAAAUAUAAAUUAUCGGGUGCUGUACAUACCGGUGGUCAGGAACUUUCCGCUGGUGGACUGCUUUUUCUUCAUGGAGUUACCGCGGAGGACGCUGGUGGGGCUGCGGAUGACUACGGCGGGUGGGCACCACACCACCGCCAGCACCGUGCGGCAGUUCACUGAGCAUCUAUCGAAGUUUUUUAAUGGUUGGGGGGAAUCAUCUCAGGGAUUGUCGUGGGAGAUGAUUUAUGUGCAGCACGCAGACAGCACGCCGAUGAAUGGCUGGCGGAGAUGUGAUGUCGUCAACCCGUCGAGUGUGGGAGAUGUUGAUCAUGGGAGGAUCGCGGAGUUCUGGAAAACCACACAUCAGUACCAGUUCACGCUGACAGAUUGUUUUCUCAGGCGUAUGUUGUAA